GCACAGGCUCGAUACUCCUUGGCACCGUGCAGAACCGUGAAUGCUCCGGGUUUUUCAGUGUGUGCUCAGAUUCGGACGCGUUCUGUUCGUUUGUACGCUUGUGCGGCCUUUCGCGUACGCGCUUUUGCUCCCUUUUCACCACCGUCCUUGGGCGCGUUAGUGCUAAGUGCGUGCGUGUGUGUGAGUGCUGUGCUGUGCUGGCAUUAUAGUUCCAGUGGGCCAGGGUGGGCUGGCUUGUAAAAUUAUCCUUAAUUUCCGUCUGCAGCCUUUAUCACAUACUCGGUUCGUUAACAAGUGCUCGUUAUUACAUUAGUGCAGGUUGACGGGUUUGCACGCUUCGCUAGGGCAACGUGCAUUUUCUUGCGUGAUUGUGUUUUAAAUUUAAACAGCUCGCCCCCGUGUGACGGUGUGACAAACAUUCCCCCCUUUGCUCGGUAUCACGCUUAUCGAAUGAGCUGUUGUUUGUGCUAGUGCCCGUGUGUGAACGUAAAAGUGUACUCCAGCGUCUACUAGGACGAUGACCGGCCUGGUGUCACCGCGUCGACGAUAGCGCCCCCGAAGCGGUUGGUCCCCGUCCGCACCGGUUGGCUGUACGAGUCGUUCAGUCGCGUGCAAGCGGACGCCGCCACGGAUCUACGGGUGCACGCCGGCUGGCCGAAGGCGUUGUCGUCCCACUACGGCUACGGUCUGGCCAAGGGUGACGACUACAUCGACCGGCGCCACCACCAUCACGCCGACGACGACGACGACGACGAGGAAGAAGAAGCAGAGGAAGAGGAAGAGGAAGAGGAGGAAGAGGAAGACGCCGACACCGGUAGCUGCGAACGGUUGCACCGGGCUGGCGGUGAGCUCGACGGUGGCGACAGUACCACCGCCACCGACGGUCGCAACUACGGUGAGCUUACCGAGCUACGCCCUACCGGCAUCAUCCGGGGGCCUUCGCGGCGUGGCCAGCAUCUACCACUGCCGCCACCACCACCGGCCUACCAUCAUCUGCACCAUCCGCCACCGUCGUACGGUCGGCAGCAGCAGCAGCUGCAGCAACAAACGCAACACCACCACCACCACCAACAAGCAGCCCCUCAUCACUACAGGGUGACAUUCGACGAACGGCCUACCCAGGCGCCGCACCCGCUCGAGAUGGAAUCGGUCGGGCACCACGUGGCGGUACCGUUGCGCGUCGGCGGCAAGAAGAUGCGCAAGCGGCGCGAACUGGACGCCCUCGUCGCACACUCGCUGGCGAAGGGUGCGAAGGGUGGUGGCCGUCAUGCGGCCAGCAAUGGUGUAGCCUCGCACGAUCAGCUUCUAUCGAACUCGACGGAUGAACAGGAGGAUUACUCAUGGCAACCGAAAGUGCGCACACAGUCCCGGUGCCGGACGAAACGGUUCUCCUGCCUGCGUACCUGCGGGCCGCUGCUGUUCGUGUCCUGCAUCUUCAUCUCGCUCGGCUUCAUGUACUGGCUGUACUUUGACAUCCGGCAGCAGAUUUCGCAGUAUCGCAUCCGCAUCGAGCAAGUUUCCGCAACUAGUCAAAAUGUUCCCGAAGCGCUACAGAAAUGGCACGAAACGUCGAAAAACUUGGAGCAAAACCAGACCGCCCUCAACGGGAAGCUGCGAGAUAUGCAGCAAGUACUCACCAACUUCUUUUCCGAGCUCAAACAACUGCGCGAAACGAUCGACAAGAAGAACGAAAACUCCCAAGAGGCACAGCUCAACCGGCUGCAGUCAAGUGUGGCCGAUCUGGGGUCGAACAUUGGCGAUUCGAACUCCCGCAUCGGGCUGCUCGAGACGCGCUUCGACACGAUACAGGCGGAACAGAAGCAGCUCAACAAAACGCUCGACGAUCUGCAGAAACUAUUCGGACGCAUCCAGAACAGCACCGCCGUGUCGGACAUUAUCGGAGGGGACGGUGUGGCGAAGGGGAUGCAAAAGACGAUAGCCGAACUGCGGGAUCAGCUGACCGGGCAGCUGAACAAUCUCGCCCAGAACGUGACCGGCGAGCUGCAGGUGCUGAAGCAGAAAAAUCUCUGGCUCGAGUCGGACCUGAGCAAUCAGACGAAGCGCAUCGAGCAGCUGUUCGACAACACGGUCAACAUUUCCUCGCACGUCCUCUCGGUCGAGGCGGUGUGGCUCGAGGUGCGCAACAACAUUAGCGGGCUCGAGGCGGACCGGAAGAUCAUCAACGAGCAGCUCGGCGCGCUGGCGAACGUUACGACCGGGCUGCACGGUACGAUCGAGAAGGUGCAGGAAGAGUGCCAGCAGUACCACAGCAAGCUGGACGAGGUGCGAGGGAAGCUCGGCGAGCUGCAGGACCAGAUACAGCAGAACGCGGCACGGAAGGAGGUGUCGCUGCACCGGCCCGGUGAAGCGAACGGAACGCAACAGGCCAGUAAGGAGGAUGGUAUGCCCCCGGUGCUGUCGCAAUUUUUCAACGAACAGCAAACGGCCGCCAGCAGCAGCAGCACGGUAAGCGCACGCAUCGCACCGAAACCGACGGCCGCACCAUCAUCACUGUCCGCUAGCACAACCACCAUUACCACCGCUUCCUCGCUGGCCAAGCUGCUGUAUCCGGGUACGCUGGUGCAACAGUUGCCACAGUCCACGACUCCGCAACCUUCCUCCGCCGCCGCUGCCGGUCAGCCAGCCAGCGUAGCCAAAGCACCCGCUGCUGACGCUCCAGCAAGUGGAGCAAGCAGCAGCAAACAGCAGACGGGCGGGUUGUUCGAUUCCGCAAUGUAAGCGCGGAAAGGUUUUAUUUUCCGGAUGAACACGAACAGGAAUUUAAAUGGCUUCGGUGUGGCUUACGAUCUUUUUCGGACGCUUUUCGAUGUUACAGUUAAAUCUGAGCAGCAACAACAACAACAGCCAGGUGUCAGCCUCCGCAACAAGAAGCAAACAUGCGUCAGUUGCGGACAGCCGGACAAGGUAAACCAAAGUUUUAAUUAAAGGCGUGUUUUUGGAGCGUGAAUGUAAGGAGAGAAAGAGAACCGACCGAACGACAGGGCAAAUGUAGACGAAUGUGACGAAAUGGCAGGAUGGAAAGAUGGAAUGCGCGCGAAAUAAUGAUAGAGUACGUAAAGCAAACGAACGUAAAGAGACAGGGGAAUUCGAUGUGUCUGUGUGUGUGUGUGAGUGAUUGGAAGAGAGAAACCCAGACAGGCAGCUCGGAAGGAAACGAAAAGGAUGAACAGAACGGUUAAGCAAAUGGCAGAGCAGGAUCGAGCAAUUACUGAAGAUAGUGCAGGCUGGCAGCUGAACACGAUUUUGGGUUUCCAUUUAAACAUUUUGCACUAAUUAGAAACACAUGUGUAGAGAAAAGAACCACACAGACACAUUCACAUUCACACGCCAGAAUGCAGAUUCUUUACAAAAAAACAUGGUUAAGUUUUGAUAAGCAAGUAGCAAAUAUCAAAUCAAAAGAUGAAAGAGAGAAAGAUCCAUUGGAGUGGAUCAAAGAAGACUAAACACACUCCAUUGAUCAAAGCAGCAAACAAAAACACAUCGAACCACGAAGUCGUCACAGACAUUUAGCAGCAGCGUAGCAGAUGCACCUUACCUUCUUCGUAUCAAAACUCGGGCUCAGUUUCUAAUGCAACAAAAUCAACCAAACACGCAUCUCUUACUCAGCAGUAGAUUUCACACUUACUUAGAAAUUACACUAGCAAGGAGAGAGAAAAAAAAAAUUGAAAUACCAUACCACAGCGCUUAGUUUUUAGUUUGUUGUGUGCGCACAUACUGCACGCGAUAGAAGCGAUUGUUCCCUAGAAGCGCGUUGCCCCCUCUUGAUGCGUCCCGUCGUGUAGGACAGCAAAGAUGGUAUGUUUAACGAAAUCCCAAGCCAAAUUAACACACGCGGUGAAACAUCAUACUUUCAGUACCUUACAAACAAACAAAAAAUUAUACAUUUUUAAACCAAAUGACAAAAAGCAAGAAAGGAUUAAUCGUCGGGGAAGAAGUGAACCGUUGGCAACCCAGACAGAUGUAUAUGUGAGGCUUCUAUAUUCCUGUUUCCUGGGGAAGAGUAACGAAGAACGCAAACAAUCGAUAAACCGUUCGAUUGGGAAACAUGGUGAGAGAAAAGCAGUCAAAAAAGGUCAGCAAAAGGGGACACUGAUACUGAUCGGUCAGUUUGUUUGUUUUUGAAGGUGGACGGUUUUUGUGCAUGAACGUGAUAAGAAUGAUAGGCUCACACUAUCACUCAUUUGGAGGCGCAAAAAACGCGACUUCCGCGCGGUUGUGUGUUUUUUUUUUUAAUUUUAAUGUUUACUACUAAUGCUUUCGAACGUUUUGGUUUUGUAACGCUUUCGACGCGGUUUAGUUUUUUAGUAUUAAGAUGCAUUUUUUUCGUUUGCUCUAUGUAGAACCGUUAUAUGCUUGCCUUAAUCAAACCAAAACUUUGCUUUUCUCCUGCAGUGUACAGAUAUUUCUUGUUUAUAAUAUUCGUUACACCGUCAUCCUCCGAGCACGCAUUUAGACGCAUUACGAUACACACACCCGUUUAGCGAGGAUUGAUAAGAGGAUGCUUGUAUGUUGGAUUGUUGGAACAGGGGAAGGAGGGUGCAAAGCAAUGCAAACCGGAGGGGGGGUUGAGAAGGUAGAAAGCGGGGGAAAUGUUGAAUUAGAUGUUUGCCUUUUUAUCUAUACUUUCUUCCUUCUAUUACGUUACACUCGGGAACAGUGAGACAAGUAAGACAGGGACAAACGGGAUAGAGAAGAACUAUUUUGUUUGAUAAAGAUGCGUUUUCGUGUGUGUGUGUACCUUUAUGCUAAGAAGAACUCCCGAUAGUUGUACGAAUGUACUUAAUUUUGAUUUAAACUGAUAUUAAUUUGUUUAAGACUGUCUAUUAUUUGUACCAUACCUACGAAGAAAGAGGGGACUCUUGUGUAGAAAUAGUGCAUGCUUCAGAUGCAGCUUUUUAUUUUCUUUAUAUAUUUUUUACACUCUUUAAAAAGCAAACAACCAUGAAGUAGUGAGGUAGGAGAGGUUAGAACGAGGUUCAAUCAACAACAGUUUCAACAGGCAAACAUGAUACGCGUAAUAGACGUACAGGCACAGAAUGGUUCGGUCGAAAAGAAAACCAAAAUGUUAUGAUAAGACAUAAGAAGGAGACAGAGACACAACUCACAAAAGCAAAGUCUUUAUGAAAAAUCAUCACACAAACAAAAAAACGUCAUGGUACAGCUAGGACAGAUUCCAGCAGAGAUUGAAUUGCUCCCUAAUAAAUCCUUUCGAAUUUAAAACGCA